CCGAGCCCUGCCUUUCAGCUGCGCUGCACCACAAGCCCCACGGGACCUGUAGCCCAGCGCCUCUGGAAGGCACCAAGGGGACGGUUGUGGUCAUUCAGUGCUCACAUCUUACAGUGGGACUUUGUCCUCCAAGAACUUUCCAGGCACAUAUCCAAACUCCACUUCUUGUGAGUGGCAAAUUCACGGAGCAGCAGGGAGCCACCUCAGCCUGGCCUUUGCAGACAUGGACAUCGAAGCCUCUGAACAAUGCAAAUAUGGCUUCUUGUUGCUUUCAUCUUCCUCAGAUGGUUCCAGCUUUGGUCCAUACUGUGCCAGUGCAUAUCCUCCACACACAGUCUUGGUGAUGAAUUCCACCACCAUAACCAUCUUAUUCAAUAGCACAAAGCAUCGCUCGGGUCGUGGCUUCCUUCUUUCUUACGCCAGUGGCAACCGGUCAGAUUUGAUUUCGUGCUUGCAGAAAGGUAUCCAUUAUAACACAGAACAAAUCAGAGCUUAUUGUCCUGCAGGCUGCAAGGGAGUGACGGGUGACAUCUGGGGAAACCUGAACCAAGGAUACCGAGAUACAUCUGUUCUCUGCAAAGCAGCUGUCCAUGCUGGUGUGAUCUUAGACGAGCAGGGAGGACCAAUUGUGGUAUCACAAGAGAAAGGAGUAACUCUGUACAAAUCCAGUUUUGCCAACGGACUGCAUUCAAAAAGGGGAUCAUUAUCAGAAAAGCGCCUUAUCUUUCACAAAGAUUGUUCCAGUGCUCUGGAAGUAGCUAACUUCAACGCUUCAUCCUACUGGCAUGAACAGAGUGUCCUGGGGGACCAUCAAGCUUGGGCAGCUGAGCGAGCUGCUUUUGCUAGUGAUGGUUUGUCUUGGGCAGCAGAUCACAGCUCUGCAAAUGAGUGGCUGGAAAUAGAUUUGGGUGGAAAGAAGAACAUCACAGGAAUUAUCACCAAGGGGUCUUCCCAUAAAUACAAUUACUACGUCAAAUCCUACCAGGUUCAGUUCAGCAGAGAUGGCAAGAACUGGAAAAUCUACAAAUCCAGCAGCACCAACGAGGAAAAGAUCUUUGAAGGCAACAGUGACAAUUACCAGGAAGUCUCCAAUGCCUUUAUCCCACCCAUCCUGGCCCGCUACCUGCGCAUUGUACCCCAGAGCUGGAAUCAGAGAGCUGCUCUGAAAGUAGGGGUGCUAGGAUGCCAAACCCUUCGCCAGAAAUAUGUUGAUACUGAAGGCCACAGUAGCCCCAAGGGGUUCCCCAGUGUGACCAGCACCCCAUCCAUUUUCACUACAAUCCCAGGAAUAGUGAUCAAUCCAGAAAAAACAGGUCCCCCAUUACUGGCAAUGUUCCUGAUUGGAGGUUCGCUCCUGAUUGCCACAACUGUCUUGCUGCUGGUGUUCCUCUGUUGUAAGAAGAGGAAGGCACCAACCCAGAAUGACUGUAGCGUCAUAAAAGGUUACUUGAUACCAGAAGCCAGCCAGGUAUGUUCCAGGGGGAACUUGCAACUAUCUGCCUCUGAAAUUGCCCCCUUUCCUGGGCCAGCAACACCAGUAGAUCUUACUGGAGCUCAGUCACCAGAAUAUGCCGAGCCAGACUUGGUUCAAGUCAGCCCCAGCUGCCAGGCGGCCCCGUCCACCUUCAAGCCUGCCAUGGACGAAGGUUACACGCUCCCCCUGGUGGUGAAUCCCUACGAUGUGCCAGGCAGGCAGCACGAAUACACCGAGCCCUUGCCGCUGGAGCCUGAGUACGCCACCCCUUUUGUUGAGCAGCCUGCAGCGCUGGAGAGAGGCCCUUGCAGGAUGAACAUCAAUAUCAAAGUGCUCCCUUUCUCCCAAAGCCUGGGGGGCUCCCUAGCCCCACUGGGGGCCCCCAAAGCCUCACUGCAAUAUGAUUUCCCAACUCAGUGCCCGGUGGAGAAGCUGGACAGCCAAGCAGGUGAGGUUGGCCAGCAGGAAAGAUCCAUCCGAACUGACCCCGAUUGGACUCCAAGCCUGGGAGACAGAGUCCGCACCACCUCAUUGCAGGGCCGCUAUUUCCAGCAGAGGAACUCACCCUAUGAACACGUCUAUCACAAGCCCUUGUGAGUCCUGCAGAAAGGAAACCUCCCCCUUGGGCUGCUGUGAAAAAGGCGGAUCUUGUUGAAGGACCCAAAGCUUCACACCAAGUUCAGCUCAAGUUCAAAAUGACGUGACCAGUCACAGUUUUUCCAUGUCGUAGGCAGAGGUAUGGCCAACCAAUUGCUGCCUGAUUCUUUUUUAAGCAAUGAGACUCCAGUAGUUAAAGCUGGGACCUUCUUCCGAUGGAAUCUGCAUUCAGCUCCUUGCUGGGUUCCUAGGCUGGCCCCAGAUGUUUGCAAAGAACAAGAUGCCACCGUCUCUCCUUCAACGUGCAAACAUCGACCAGCCAGGGGAUUCAUUCUUACUUGGAUGCUGAUGAUGGAAUUGUAUUUUUCAGUGCAGGCUAGGUUGGGGGACCCAGGACAACCAGACAGGCACACGGCUUUUCUUCUCCAUAUAUUUUGCUGCUACCUCCUGGUAUUGGCCAUCUGAGGACACUGCCUCACUCUACCCAACAACAGGGCCAGCUGGUACUUCUGCAAAGGACCAUGGUUCAUUCUAUCUAUGCUAACCUUCCACGCCCAGGCCGGGGAACUUUCCAGCUAAGACUCAGGUUGUUAAAUUCAGAAGAAAGACAAGUGUUCCAACAGUCCUUGGUUGCCUGCACUGUAGUCCAAAAACAAGUGGAGUUGUGGGGGUGAGGGACUGCAUCUAUGAUUUCUUUUGGCUACAUUGCAGAUAUAAUUAUUGUUAAUAACACAUGCACAUCAUGUUAUGAGAUUCCCAAUGGAAGAAAAGAGCCAAACUUCAUUCAGGGGAGCUCUUCUAUUACUAUUCCCUUGAAAAAUAUUUUGUAAACCAAAUUUUAAACAUCUGCUGCUUUUUUCCCGUCCUCUCCUUGCCAUCUAUUACUAACAAAUCAGCGUUGAGUU